GAGUUGCUAAUCUUUUGUGUUAAGUUAAGGAAUCGCAUCCGAGCAGCAACGUUAACGUGCGUUUAGUCUACAAAAAUUUUGAUCGUUGGAGCAGGCGUAACCGGAUUUCCAAACAGGGAAAAAUUAACCAGAAAACAUGUCUUCUGCUGGCAAACUGCGUUUCGAUGGCCGUGUGGCGGUGGUAACUGGUGCCGGUGCCGGCUUGGGCCGAGAGUAUGCUCUCCUGCUGGCCUCCCGUGGCGCCAAGGUGGUGGUCAAUGACCUGGGCGGCACUCAUUCCGGCGAGGGUGCCUCGCAGCGGGCCGCCGAUGUGGUAGUUGAGGAGAUUCGCAAGAGUGGCGGCGAGGCGGUGGCCGAUUACAAUUCUGUCAUCGAUGGGGCAAAGGUCAUUGAGACGGCCAUCAAAGCCUAUGGCCGUGUGGAUAUACUCAUCAACAAUGCCGGCAUUCUGCGCGAUCGCAGCCUCCUCAAAACAACCGAACAGGACUGGAAUCUCGUCAACGAUGUCCAUCUGAAGGGAAGUUUUAAGUGCACUCAGGCCGCCUUUGGGCACAUGAAGAGCCAAAACUUUGGCCGUAUCGUCAUGACCUCGUCGAAUUCGGGCAUCUUUGGUAACUUUGGACAGGGCAACUAUGCGGCUGCCAAAAUGGGACUCGUUGGCCUGGCCAACACCGUUGCCAUCGAGGGCGCUCGCAAUAAUAUCUUCUGCAACGUGAUUAUCCCAACGGCGGCCAGCCGCAUGACCGAGGGAAUUAUUCCCGAAGUUCUUUUUAAUGAGCUGAAGCCGCAUCUGAUUGCACCUGUUGUGGCCUACCUGUGCCACGAAUCCUGCGAGGACAAUGGCAGCUACAUCGAAAGUGCCGCUGGAUGGGCCGCCAAAGUGCAGACGGUCCGUGGCAAGGGAUCUGUGCUGCGACCCUCUCUGGAUGAUACCGUCACCCUUGAGUAUGUGAAGAAUGCCUGGUCCAAGGUGACGGACAUGUCGCAGGCCAAGCACCUCAAUUCGAUGGCCGAGGCCACUGGCUAUCUGCUGGAGGUGAUCGAGAAGCUUAAGGCCGGCGGCGGCGAUGCCGUCGAGGACACAUUCACAUUCGACAACAAGGAGCUCAUCACCUACGCCUUGGGCAUUGGUGCAUCGAUCAAGAACAGCCAGGAUCUGCGCUUCCUGUACGAGAACGAUGCUGAUUUCUCGGCCAUACCCUCGUUCUUUGUCCUGCCCGGCCUACUGCUGGCCAUGUCUACGGACAAGCUGGUCGGCAGUGCCCUGCCCAACAAUCAGGCCGACUUCACCAACAUUCUGCACGGCGAACAGUAUUUGGAGAUCGCCGACGAUCUUCCCACCGGCGGUACCCUGACAACGACCGGCAAGGUGUUCGAUGUGAUGGACAAGGGAUCCGGCGCCGUUGUUGUGACCAAUUGCGAUUCGUUCGACGAGAGCGGUCGUUUGGUGGUCAAGAACCAGAGCUGUGUGUUUGUGGUGGGUGCAGGGAAAUUCGGUGGCAAAAAGAAUCCAAUUGCCGGUGUAGUGCCACUGCUGCCGAAUCCCAACCGUCAGCCGGACUCCUCCAUUCAGUACUCGACCAGCGCGGAUCAGGCCGUACUCUACAGACUCUCCGGCGAUCGCAAUCCCCUGCACAUUGAUCCACAGAUGGCACUCUUGGCCGGCUUCAAGACACCCAUUCUGCACGGCCUGUGCACCCUGGGCUACUCGGUCCGGGCCGUUCUCAGCCAGUAUGCCGACAACAAUCCGACGCUCUUCAAGGCCAUCAAAGUGCGCUUCUCAGGCCCCGUUCUGCCCGGCCAGACGCUGAAGGUGGACAUGUGGCUGGAGGGCACACGAGUACAUUUCCGCACCCUGGUGGUAGAGACCGGCAAGGAGGUUAUUUCGGGGGCCUACGUCGAUCUGAAGAGCACCAAGGCCAAGUUGUAAGCCGCUGCUGCUUGUCUUUUUGAAUGAAUUCCCCUCAUUCCCUUGUUUGCCUUUUUUUACAUAUACAUAUAAUCUUUAUAUAUCUGUACAUAUGCACCAGUAUGCAACCCCCUUCCUUCGGUGGUAGAAAUAGAAACGAAACCCUUUUACGGACCCAAUAAACUAACGACUGUUUUCCAA